AUGGCACCCCCAGGAAAGCGGAAGUUUACCUCUUUGACUCUUCUCCCACUCCUCUUCCUCCUCUUCUUAACCACCGGCGCUCAUGCCGCAUCCGCCGUCUUAGGCAUAGAUCUCGGAACCGAAUACUUCAAGGCGGCAAUUGCAAAGCCCGGAAGCCCCAUCGAUAUCGUUCUGUCGAAGGACUCGAAACGUCGGGAAGCGGCCACACUUGCCUUCAAACCUUCAAGGUCGCAGACUGGCGAUAAUGAUGCGUUUCCAGAAAGAUUAUAUGGCGGAGAUGCCGUAGCCCUGGCGGUUCGGUUUCCCACAGACGUGUACCCAAAUCUGAAAACACUCCUUGGUCUCGAUGCCUCUUCGAAGUUGGUACAAGGCUACCAUGCACGCUACCCUGGACUCAACAUCGAAACAAUUCCAAGAUCUGACGGUGGAGAGGGUACGGUUGGUUUCAAGAGCAGUAGCUUUGGGAAAAAGAAUGAAGUUUUCAUGGUCGAAGAGUUACUGGCGAUGCAGUUCAAGAACAUAAAAGCCAAUGCCGAAGCGCAGGUCGUCAAGGGGACUUAUGUCUCAGAGGUUGUCAUCACACAUCCACCAUUCUUCACCGCGGAUGAGAAGAGAGCAAUCGAAUUGGCUGCUGAACUGGCUGGUCUACGAGUUCUCGGCCUCGUCAGUGAUGGUCUGGCAGUCGGACUCAACUAUGCAACAUCUCGUACUUUUGACAGUGUUUCAGAGGGUGGAAACCCCGAGUACCAUCUGGUUUACGACGUUGGCGCUGGAUCUACAACUGCUACGGUUCUCAAAUUCCAAGGUCGAACUAUCUCUCUCAAAGGCGUUGGCAGGCGUAACCAAACAAUUCAAGAAGUCAUUGUUCUUGGUACAGGCUAUGACAGAACUCUUGGGGGCGAUUCCUUAAAUGAUCUCAUCGUGGCGGAUAUGGUCGACCAGUUUCUUCAGAUCCCCAAGGUCCAAAAGCUGGGAGCAACAGAAGCACAAAUCAAAUCUCAUGGGAAAACCAUGGCAAAACUCUGGAAGGAUGCUGAACGCAUACGUCAGCUCCUCAGUGCAAAUGCUGUAGCAUCAGCAUCUUUUGAAGGUUUGUACGAUGAGGACAUCAACUUCAGAUACGCCGUCACCAGAGAAAGAUUUGAGGUCCUCGCAGCUGAUUAUGUCGCUCGUCUCGAAGCGCCCCUAUCUUCUGCCUUGCAAUCUGCUGGCCUACAGCUCAAUGACCUCAAUUCAAUCAUUCUCCAUGGAGGUUUAGUCAGAACCCCGUUUGUUCAGAAGGAACUCGAGAGAAUAGCAGGGGACCCUGCUCUCGUCAAAUCCAAUGUCAACGCUGAUGAAGCAGCUGCAAUGGGCGCAGGCUUCAAGGCAGCCUCCUUGAGCCCAAGUUUUCGUGUCAAGGACAUUCGUUCUACAGACAUAUCUGGUGCGGCGAUCAAUAUCAAAUGGAGCACCGAAAGCAAGGAGAAGUCACAAAAGCUGUUUACUCCUUCCUCCCAAAUAGGGAAUGAGAAGCAAGUCCCCAUCAAGGCUCUGGAGGACAUCGAGCUAUCCUUCAUACAGACUGUGGGAGAAAAGGACAUCUCAAUUUUAGACGUUCAGGCCACGAACUUGACUAAAUCAGCUGCACUAUUGAAGGACAAACAUGGUUGUACUGCGGCGAACAUCAGUACCAUAUUCAAUGUUCGACUCAAUCCCCUGGAUGGACUUCCUGAAAUUGUUUCUGGUAGUGUCAGCUGUGAAACGGAUGGUAGUAAAGCGGCAGGCGUUAUUGAUAAUGUCAAAGGUCUGUUUGGAUUUGGUUCCAAAAAGGAGGAUGAUCAAGAUGUACUUGCGGAUGAAUCGACCAAUACGGACUCGGUUUUGACCCCUUUACCAGUCUCUGACCCCACCAGUUCAGGCUCAACCAUAUCAGAAGCCUCGUCUUCUUCGUCUGAUUCCUCGGCAUCCUCAAGCAAGUCUGCAAAGGCAGUAAAACCAACCCCAACGGUUGUUGCAAUCCCUCUUGCACUCAAAGCUGUCCCCAUUGGCAGAAGUGCUCCUCCCACGGCGACACUUCCAAAAAUUCGACAGCGACUAACUCAAUUCGACACUUCUGACCAGAACGCAGUGCUUCGCGCUGAAGCACUAAACACACUCGAAGCCUUUACGUAUCGAGCUCGUGAUUACUUGGAGGAUGAAACAUUCAUCUCUGCAUCUACUGCAAAGGCUAGAACUGAGUUAGAAAAGCAACUUGGCGCUGUCUCCGAGUGGCUUUAUGGUGAUGGGUCAGAUGCCAAACUCCAAGACUUCAAAGAUAAGUUGAAGAGCUUGAAAGGUCUCGUAGACCCAGUCCUCAAACGCAAAAGUGAAGCAAUCAAACGACCAGAUGCGAUCAAGGGACUACAGGAUGGACUAGAAAAUCUGGCCGGCAUGAUCAAAAUGGUGGAAGGAAGUGUGCAGAAAGCAGCUGAGGAUGCAGCAUCAAGCGCUAGCGAAGCCGCGGCAUCUGCAGCCUCGAGUACAACGACUAGCACAACAACCUCUUCUGUUGGGGAUGAUUUGGACGAAGAUCCUUACAGCACCAGCUCGGCGGCCGAGUCAUUUGAAAGUGAGGUGCCACCGAUUAAACCAUACGAAUACACAGCAGAGGAUCUCUCUGCCUUGACGAGCAAAUAUGAAGCAGCAAAGGCAUGGCUUGAGAAGAAGCUGGCCUCGCAGGACAAGCUAACGCUGACUGACGAUCCUGCAUUUCUCUCAUCUGAACUUGAGACGAAAUCUCAAGAGCUGCAAAGAGCAGUUUCGGACAUUUUGAUGAAAGCCAUCAGAAUGAAUGAUCCUCGAAAAUCAAAAUCGAGUAAGAAGGCCAAGCCAAAGACGACGAAAACUAAGAAGGCAACUUCCUCGUCAACGAGCACGACCACGAGCUCGACAUCGAGUAUUCGAGAUGAGCUAUAG